CUCAGUGACCUUACAAAACUUUUCCAAAGGAACGUCGAUUUGUAUCUGAAAGAUACUAAAGAAUAUAUAAUGCUUAAUGAUGACAUGAACAUCGAGCCAGAAAAUAAAAAAGUAGAAGAACAACAAAAAAAAUUCAAAGAAAAUGUCGAAAGUUUUAUCAAAAACUUUGGCAAAGAAGCUUCAGAACAUAUCGAAAAAAUCACGAAAGAAUAUAUGGAAACACAUGAAGAUAAAAGACCUUCAAAACAAUGGGAAAAGGAGCAACGAUUUUCUUUUGUUGAAGAAAGAAUAGCUGUUUCUGUUCAAAGGUUUAAGGAAAAUUUUUUCAAAAGAUUUCAAUAUGAACCACAAAAGCAUCAUUUAAUGAAGUAUACCGACUAUGGUGUGAAAUAUUUAUUUUAUGAAACAUGGAAAGAGUAUCAUAUUAAGCUCUCUAAUAAAUGCAAAAAGAAUGAUAAUGAUGUUAUCAGUCGAUACGGAUAUCACGAGGAAAAUUCACCAACACGUCAAAUAAAUCCUUUUAAACAAGCGCAAAUGAUUGGAAAUGAAAAAUUUAGACAAAGACAAGAAAGCACAAAAACUUUAUUCAAUCCACUCAGACAAUCGCAACAAAGCGGACUGGACAAAUUCAAACAACAAAAACAAGACGUAAAUUCAGUAACAAAAGGGACGCCAACUUUGCCAUCAGCUGAUACAUCCACAUUUAAACAAGCACAAAAGAAACCAUAUAAUGAAGAUACUGAAGAAAUGAUUUUUUCGGCUCUUCAAGAAGUGCCAGAUUACGAUGUGCAACCCCCACAAAAAAAAUCCAUCCUGGAAGAUGGCAAAAGUUGGCAAGAAAAAAUUAGGGAAACAGGUUACGAUCCCAGGAAAGAUCCCAUCCUCAAACCUUUUAUAGAAAAGCUGAUUGAGGAUGGGAUCGAGAUUCCAGGCAUGAGAGGCAUGGAGAUUAUAGAUGAUUUUCUAUGA